UCUUGCUGCCUUCCAGCGGGCCGUUAUUUCAGUGAUUGGCGUACCCAAUCUGGACUCUCCAUCGGUUUCUAUGCUGUGAUUCCGAGCCGAGGUUCUGCUGCGGGUCUCGGCCGGGUCAGAGGGCUUCCUCGCCGGAGUUGAAGGAGCAGAUGCAGCCGGGCGACGACGCGCUGUUGACGGCCUGUUUCUCUCGUGUGGAUGUGGACAGCUCGGUGCGCUAAUCUCAUUUUGGACUCGAACCAGCAAGCGCUGUGGACCAGUGGGACCCUACAGAACCCAAACAGAAUCGGGAAACGGUGACGAUGAUGGUGGUGAUGAAGAUUCGACAGUAAAACUGAAAAAAGUAAACGUGCCAGGAAUGCCUGAACCAACAUGGCCGACAAGACCGCGCCACGCUGCCAGCUGAGGUUGGAGUGGGUGCACGGCUACCGAGGUCACCAGUGUCGCAACAACCUGUUCUACACAGCCGGCAAGGAACUGGUUUACUUUGUCGCCGGGGUGGGCGUGGUCUACAACGCCAGAGAGCAUGCCCAGAAGUUCUACCUGGGACACAACGAUGACAUCAUCAGCCUGGCGCUCCAUCCCGACAAAGUCCAAGUGGCAACGGGUCAGGUGGGAAAAGAACCGUACAUCUGUGUGUGGGACACGUACGCCAUGCAGACGGUCUCCAUCUUGCGUGACGUGCACACGCAUGGCGUUGCCUGUCUGGCUUUUGAUGCUGACGGACAGCGACUGGCCUCGGUGGGUCUCGACGCCAAGAACACCUUGUGUGUGUGGGACUGGAAGAGAGGACGAGUCCUCGCCACAGCGACUGGCCACUCGGACAGAAUUUUCGAUGUGGCCUGGGAUCUCUUUGUUUCCAGUCGAUUGGUCAGCUGCGGCGUCAAACACAUCAAGUUCUGGACUUUGUGCGGAAACGCUUUGACUCCCAAGAGAGGAAUUUUCGGGAAAACGGGCGACCUUCAGACCAUCUUGUGUGUCGCCACCGCCAAGGAGCAGACCACUUACUCGGGCGCGCUCAAUGGCGACGUGUACGUGUGGCGAGGGAUCUCCCUGGUUAGGACGAUACAGGCAGCACACGGAGCGGGGAUCUUCAGCAUGCACGCCUGUGAGGAAGGUUUUGCCACCGGAGGACGAGACGGUUGCGUGCGACUGUGGGACGUCGACUUCAAACCCAUCACCAAAAUCGACCUUCGAGAAGCCGAGCAGGGAUACAAAGGUCGGGAUUCAAACAUUAGCCAUCCGAGCAUCACUCGACGUCGCGCUGGUUUUCACGCCGUUUCAGGUCUGUCCAUCCGCAGCGUCUGCUGGAAGGCCGACCGUAUUCUGGCGGGGACGCAGGACAGCGAGAUCUUCGAGGUCAUGGUCCGGGAGCGGGACAAACCGGUUCUGCUGAUGCAGGGUCACAGUGAGGGUGAACUCUGGGCGCUGGACCUCCAUCCUAAACAACCUGUCGCUGUCACCGGGAGCGACGACCGCUCCGUCAGGCUGUGGAGUCUUCCGGAUCGAACCCUGCUGGCUCGCUGUAACAUGGAGGAAUCAGUGCGAAGUAUUUCCUUCAACAAUGACGGAUCUCAGCUGGCUUUGGGAAUGAAGGACGGCUCCUUCACGGUCCUGCGAGUCAGGGACAUGACGGAAGUGGUGCACAUCAAGGACCGCAAGGAGGUCAUACACGAGCUCAAGUUUUCGCCAGACGGCUCCUUCUUAGCGGUGGGGUCCAAUGACGGCGUGGUUGACAUCUACGCCGUCGCCCAGCGAUUUAAAAAAGUGGGCGAGUGCGGCCAUUCCACUUCGUUCAUCACCCACCUGGAUUGGUCUGUGGAUUCCCGUUUCCUGCAAACUAACGACGGUGCUGGAGAACGUCUCUUUUACCGGAUGCCAGGUAAAAUGCUAUCCAAGGAAGAGGCCAAGGGUAUCCACUGGAUGACGUGGACCGGGGUCCUGGGCCCGGAGGUAAACAGCAUCUGGCCCAAAUACUCGAACCUCACCAACGUCAACUCUGUGGAUGCCAACUACAGCAGCGCCGUGCUGGUGACCGGCGACGACCUCGGUCUUGUUAAACUCUUCAGGUUCCCGUGUCUCAAGAAAGGCGCCAAAUUCAAGAAGUACAUCGGUCAUUCCGCACAUGUGACCAACGUUCGAUGGUCCAAUGACCUGCAGUGGGUCAUCAGUACCGGUGGUGCCGAUCACGCCGUCUUCCAGUGGCGGUUCCUACCCGAGGGUGUUAUGAAUGGCGUCCUGGAACCCCUCCUCCAAGAAGGCUAUGCGGACUCCAACAGUGGCGACUCGGAUUCAGACGUUUCCGACGUGCCGGAGAUCGACUCGGACAUCGAGCAGGAAUCUCAGCACAACUAUGAGCGUCAGGUGUACAAGGACGACCUCCCGCAGCUGCGGAGGAAGCUGAUUGGUUCCCUAAAGAGGCAGAAAGCUCCGGAGGAGGGGCUUCGCCUGCAGUUUGUUCACGGGUACCGCGGCUUCGACUGUCGUAACAACCUGUUCUACAGUCAGACUGGGGAGGUGGUCUACCAUGUGGCCGCCGUGGCGGUGGUCUACAACCGCCUGCAGCACAGUCAGAGGUUCUACCAGGGCCAUGAUGACGACAUCCUCAGCCUCACCGUGCACCCGCUGAAAGACUACGCGGCCACUGCACAGGUGGGCCGGGACCCUGCCAUCCACGUCUGGGACAUCCCCACUCUGAAAUGUCUGUCGCUGCUCAAAGGUCACCACAGCAAAGGAGUUUGUGCGCUCGACUUCACAGCGGAUGGUAAGAGUUUGGUGUCCGUUGGAAUCGAUGAAUUUCACUCCAUCGUCAUCUGGGAUUGGAAGAAAGGCGAACGACUUGCUAAAACCAGGGGCCACAAGGACAAGGUUUUUGUGGUGAAGAGUAAUCCGUUCAGGAUGGACAAGCUGGUGACGUUGGGGAUGAAACACAUCAAGUUCUGGCAGCACUCGGGCGGUGGUCUGACAUUCAAACGUGGGAUUUUCGGGAACCUUGGCAAGCAGGAGACAAUGAUGUCGGCGUGUUACGGUCGCUCGGAGGACUUCGUCUUCUCAGGGGCGACAAAUGGCGACGUUUACAUCUGGAGAGAGACAACACUUGUGAAGACCGUCAAGGCCCACGACGGUCCCGUGUUUGCCAUGUGCUCCCUGGACAAGGGUUUCGUGACAGGCGGGAAAGACGGCGUGGUGGAACUCUGGGAUGACAUGUUUGAAAGAUGCCUGAAGACCUACGCCAUCAAGAGGGCGCUUCUAUCGCCGUCCUCCAAAGGCCUGCUCCUGGAAGACAACCCGUCCAUCAGAGCCAUCACUCUGGGUCACGGCCACAUUCUGGUUGGGACCAAGAACGGAGAAAUUUUGGAGAUUGACAAGAGCGGCCCAAUGACACUGCUGGUUCAGGGUCACAUGGAAGGCGAGGUUUGGGGUUUGGCCACUCACCCGCUACUUCCUGUCUGUGCCACCGUUGGCGAUGACAAAACCCUGCGUAUGUGGGAGCUGUCAGCCAAUCACCGCAUGGUUGCCGUGCGUAAGCUUAAAAAAGGUGGGCGGUGCUGCGCCUUCUCGCCAGAUGGCAAAGUGCUAGCGGUGGGCCUGAACGAUGGCAGCUUCCUGGUUGUGAACGCCGAUACGUUGGAGGACAUGGUGACCUUCCAUCACCGGCGAGAGCUCAUCUCCGACAUACGCUUCUCCCAAGACGCAGGGAAGUACCUGGCCGUGGCGUCGCAGGAUUCCUUCGUGGACAUCUACAACGUGCUGACCAGCAAGAGAGUCGGUAUCUGUAAAGGAGUCGGUAGCUUCAUCACUCACGUUGAUUGGGACUCCAGAGGAAAACUUCUGCAGAUCAACACGGGAAACAAAGAACAACUUUUCUUUGAGGCUCCAAGAGGACGCAAACAGAACAUCAGCACGGCCGAGUUUGACAAACUGGACUGGGCCAGCUGGACUUCUGUUUUGGGUCCCACCUGCGAGGGAAUAUGGCCAACGUAUGGAUUUGUGAACGCCGCCUCGCUCACCAAAGACCGUAAACUGCUCGCCACCGGGGACGACUUCGGGUAUCUGAAGCUUUUCAGCUUCCCGUGCAGGGGUCAGUUUGCCAAAUUCAAGAAGUACGUGGCUCACAGCGCCAAUGUGACCAAUGUCCGCUGGGCCAAUGACGACGCCACGUUGCUGUCAGUGGGUGGGGCCGACACGGCGCUCAUGAUCUGGACCAGAGAGCCUCCAGGUCAUAAAGAGAGCAAAGUCGUCGACAGCGAAGAGUCUGACAAUGACACAGAGGAGGACGGAGGCUAUGACAGCGAUGUGGCGCGGGAGAAGGCAGUGGACUACGUGACCAAGGUCUACUCCUCCAGCAUCAGGAAGAUGACAGGAACUAAACCUCACCUGCAGCACAAGGAACUUCCUGUCGAUGAGAGGUACCCGCUGAUCAUUGGUUGGCGAUGUUCUUGCUCUUGGUCUCAUUCCGGUUUUCAACGUUCCAGACCUUCAGUGAGUCGCGCAACACCACAGCCUGAAAAACUUCUGAAGAACAACGUGACCAAGAUGAAGAAAGCAGUGGAAGAACUUCAAUUGGAGCACGUUUUUGGCUACAGAGGAUUUGACUGUCGCAAUAACCUGCAUUACCUCAACGACGGUGCCGACAUAAUCUUCCACACCGCUGCUGCCGUGGUGAUCCAGAACCUGUCUUCCGGAACUCAGAGUUUCUAUCUGGAGCACACAGACGACAUUCUCUGCCUGACUGUCAACCAGCAUCCCAAAUACCAAAACGUCAUCGCCACGGGGCAGAUCGGUGACAUCACGGACCUGCCAGAAGCUGACAUGUCUGGCUUUGCGCCUUCUAUCCACGUGUGGGACGCCAUGACCAAGCAGACUCUGUCCAUCCUGCGUUGCUCCCAUGCUAAAGGUGUGGGCUACGUUAACUUUAGCGCGACUGGGAAGCUUCUGCUGUCUGUAGGGGUGGAACCUGAACAUGUGAUCACAGUUUGGAGGUGGCAGGAAGGCACCAGGAUCACAAGUAAAGGUGGCCACCCUGAACGCAUCUUUGUGGUGGAGUUCAGACCAGACUCGGACACCCAGUUUGUGUCGGUGGGAAUCAAACACAUCAAGUUUUGGACUCUGGUCGGAGGUUCGUUGGUGUACAAGAAAGGUGUGAUCGGUUCCGUGGAGGACGGACGCACACAGACCAUGUUGUCUGUGGCUUUUGGUGCUAACAACCUGACAUUCACCGGUGCCAUAAAUGGAGACGUGUACGUGUGGCGGGAACACUUCCUGGUCCGGGUGGUGGCAAAGGCGCACAGUGGUCCGGUGUUCACGAUGUACACCACGCUCAGGGACGGCCUCAUUGUCACCGGUGGAAAAGAACGCCCGACCAAGGAAGGCGGUGCUGUCAAACUCUGGGACCAGGAGAUGAAACGAUGCCGAGCCUUUCAGUUGGAGACCGGCCAACCAGUGGAGAACGUCCGAUCCGUCUGCAGGGGGAAGGGCAAGAUCCUGGUAGGAACCAAAGACGGUGAGAUCAUCGAGGUCGGAGAAAAGAAUGCCGCCUCCAACACCAUGAUCAAUGGACACACGCAAGGCGGGAUUUGGGGUUUGUCCGCUCACCCUUUUAAGGACGUUUUCAUCUCGGCCAGCGAUGACGGAACCAUCCGUAUUUGGGAUCUGGCUGAUAAGAAACUCCUCAACAAAGUGACUUUGGGACAUCCUGCUAAGUGUGUGUCCUACAGUCCAAAUGGAGAGAUGGUCUCCAUCGGAAUGGAGAACGGAGAGUUCAUCAUCCUGCUGGUUAAUUCGCUGAGUGUGUGGAGCAAGAAAAGAGACCGGAGCGUCGCAAUCCAGGACGUACGCUUUAGCCCGGACAACCGCUUUCUGGCAGUAGGUUCCCUUGAAAGCGCCGUGGACUUCUACGACCUUUCUUUAGGACCGUCGCUCAACCGCAUUGGGUACUGCAAAGACAUUCCGGGAUUCGUAAUCCAGAUGGACUUCUCCGCUGACAGCAAGCACAUUCAGGUGUCCACCAGCACCUACACUCGACAAGUGCAUGAAGUUCCUUCAGGGAAGAUCGUCACAGAGCCGUUAGCGAUUGAGAGGAUCACUUGGGCUACCUGGACCAGCAUCCUAGGUGACGAGGUUCUCGGGAUUUGGCCACGUAACGCCGACAAGGCGGAUGUCAACUGCGCCUGCGUAUCCCACGCCGGCCUCAACCUGGUGACCGGAGACGACUUCGGACUCAUUAAGCUCUUCGACUUCCCGUGCUCGGAAAAAUUUGGGAAACACAAACGUUACUUCGGUCAUUCUGCUCAUGUGACCAACGUCCGCUUCUCCUGCGAUGACAAGUUCGUCAUCAGCGCCGGUGGAAGCGACUGCAGUUUGCUCGUGUGGAAAUGUCAAUAAUUCCCACAAUCCUCAACUCAAUCCACUACGCUGAGUACAAAGGAAGUCUUUUAUUGUGGCGGUGAUGAUGUUAGCAUGUUUCCUGCGUCAGGAUGUGCCUUUUCACUCUGACCAAACAACUUUAUUUAAACGUGUGGUGCUACAAAGAAGCGUGUUGAGGGCUUGUUUACCAAACACUGUGUUGAUAAAAGAAGUAACAAAACAAAAUCCAAUGAAUUCUACCUCGAUAUGCGAUCAAUAUCAUAUUAAUAGGUAGACAAUUCAUGUUAGAAUAUUUGCCAGAUUGAUAUUUGUCAGUGAUGCUAGAAUAGAUCUUCAUGUGUUGUUGCUAGCAUAAUCCGUAUUUCCUUGUUUUGUCUCCUGUGAUUGGUUGCAUGUUUCAGUCUGUCGUGCGCCGAUGGUGAAGUUAGCACCAUUAGCAACAACAUUGGGCAAAUCGUAAACAGUAGCAAUAAUUCAAACAGAUGCUAAUGGUAAUGAAAUUAUGCUACGGCAGGUUUAGCACAACUUAGAUUUUUGUUAUUUAUUAUGAAAGAUGAUUUUAAUUCCAACAUUUGAUUCCAACAAAAACAUAGCUGAAAGUACUCAUGUUUAGCCUAGCUUAGCAUAAACAACAAAGUUAAGUGGAAGAGAUGUUAAAAUGAAUUGAACUUUGUGCUAAGCUAGGCUAGCUAAGCUAAAUCAGAUGCCAUUUUCGUGUGAUUUAAGUGUUUUAUGUUGCUUCACAUUGUGAAUGGAUUUGUCACCUUCGUUUACAGUGUGUGCAGAAAUAAGACCAAAUGUAUUUUACAAUAAUAUGAGACUUAUUUGCAUACAUUGUUGUGUGUGUGUGUUGUAAAUUGAUUAAAGAAUUUAAAUAAAAAUAUU